GUUCGAAUCAUUAUUGAUUAUUGAUAUUAUAAUUGUGUGUGUGUGUGUCUGGUGCCAAAACAGGAAUCAUUAUUAUUGAUUGCUCAAUUAUCUUUAGGAAUAUUCAUUUGCUGUCUACGCUGAACAAUCUUAAUCUAUCAUUUUUUUUUUUGAUUUAAAUAAAUAUGGAAGCCAUAGCUAAACAUGAUUUCAAUGCAACAGCCAAUGAUGAACUUAGUUUUCAUCGUGGUGAUGUAUUAAAAGUUCUUAAUAAAGAAGAAGAUAUUAAUUGGUAUAAAGCUGAAUUAGAUUCACGUGAAGGUCUUAUUCCAAGUAAUUAUAUUGAAAUGAAAAAUCAUGACUGGUAUUAUGGACGUAUAACAAGAGCUGAAGCGGAAAAAUUAUUACAUGAUAAACAUGAAGGCGCCUUUCUCAUACGUAUCAGUGAAUCAUCACCAGGCGAUUUUUCCUUAUCAGUCAAAUGUCCGGAUGGUGUACAACAUUUUAAGGUUUUACGAGAUCAAAAUGGAAAAUUUUUUCUUUGGGUUGUUAAAUUUAAUUCAUUGAAUGAAUUAGUUGAUUAUCAUCGUACAUCAUCUGUUAGCCGUAAUCAAGAUGUUAAACUUAAGGAUAUGCGUCCAGAGCUAAAAGUACAAGCGAUGUAUGAUUUUUUCUCACAAGAAUCUGGUGAACUAGAAUUUCGUCGUGGUGACAUAAUCAAUGUAAUCGAUCGUAGUGAUCAAAAUUGGUGGGAAGGUGAAAUUGGUGAUCGAAAAGGUUUCUUUCCGGCUACAUAUGUUGCACCUUAUUUUGGUCAAGUUGAUGGACAAUAAAACAAAA